AUGGCCGCCCGCGGGUGGCUGGUGGGAGGCGUCAGGCGCAGGCUCUGGCCCGCGUCUUGGGCGGCGUUCUCGACGAGUACUGCUGGCGGGCCUGCAUAUUAUGUCCUUCAAUACGAUUUUGUCCCAAACAUCAUUGAAAGGAGGAAGCCAUACAGGGCAGUACAUCUCAGCUUAGCAGAGGAGUCGGCCAAGAAAGGGAAGCUGCUUCUUGGUGGUGCCAGGGGCGACCCUCCAGGGACAUCGCUGUGGAUUUUCAAGAACAGCUCGAAGGAGGAGGUUGAGGCCUACGCACGCAAUGACCCUUACGUGCAGAAUGGGCUGGUGACAAGCUGGAACGUCCAGCCUUGGGACGUUGUCCGAGGCUGCUUGAUGGACGCCUGA